GCCUUCGAGAAGCCUCGCGACGCUGGGGAGACAACCGGCUAUAUAGCCAUGACAAUGCGCCAGCUCUGAUUAUAUUCGAAUUCGUGCAAUCCUGAUAUAUCUACAGUUGCUGAACCACAAUUGAAGCUUGCUCCAAGCUUUACAACCCCUACACGGUCUGAUCGCGACCAUGUCGGCAAGACUACAGCUAUCCCGCGGUCGGUUGCUCCGACCUUUCACUUUAUCGUCAUCGAACCGGAUCCUUCAACCAUCCCAAGCUUUAUUACGUCGCACCCGAUUACUACCAUCCUUAUCAAGCAAUCUCUCUAGUCCUCGAUCAACAACACCCUUCCGCACUUACGCCAAUGGCCGACCUCAUCCCCCCGGAGGCACGCAUCGGAUGAACCUGGGGGGCGAACCCGAGAAGUCUGCAUUGGAACAAUUUGGUGUCGAUCUCACUGCUAAGGCUAAAGCCGGCAAACUGGACCCAGUCAUUGGGCGAGAUGCUGAGAUUCAUCGCACCAUCCAGGUCCUCUCCAGGCGCACGAAGAACAACCCCGUCCUUAUCGGAGCUGCAGGAACUGGUAAAACCGCUGUCUUGGAGGGUCUGGCCCAGCGCAUUGUUCAGGGAGAUGUCCCAGAAAGCAUCAAGGACAAGCGUGUCAUCUCCCUGGACCUGGGAUCCCUCAUCGCCGGUGCCAAAUUCAGAGGAGAUUUCGAGGAACGUCUGAAGUCGGUCCUCAAGGAGGUUGAGGAGGCGCAAGGCGGCGUCAUCCUCUUCAUUGAUGAAUUGCACACUUUGCUCGGGCUGGGUAAGGCUGAAGGUAGCAUCGAUGCUAGCAACCUCUUGAAACCAGCCUUGUCGAGAGGAGAUCUGCAAUGCUGCGGAGCCACUACCCUCAACGAGUACCGCUUGAUCGAGAAAGAUGUGGCCCUAGCCAGACGUUUCCAGCCGAUCCAGGUUGGCGAACCCUCGGUUGCUGCGACAAUCUCCAUUCUCCGCGGUAUCAAGAAUAAAUACGAAGUCCACCAUGGUGUACGGAUCACAGACGGCGCACUGGUGGCAGCCGCCACGUACAGCAACCGCUACAUUACCGAUCGUUUCCUGCCAGAUAAAGCCAUUGACUUGGUCGAUGAAGCCGCUUCGGCCUUGCGAUUGCAACAGGAGUCAAAGCCUGAUGUGAUCAGAGAACUGGACCGCGACAUUACAACAAUCCAGAUUGAACUGGAGUCUCUUCGAAAAGAAACCGACGUCAGCAGCCGUGAAAGACGCGAGAAGUUACAGGAAGACCUAAAAGCAAAGCAGGAGGAAGCCGAAAGGCUGACCAAGAUCUGGGAAAAGGAGAAGGCUGAGAUCGAGGAACUCAAACGCACCAAGGAAGAGCUCGAGCGCGCUCGAUUCGAGUUGGAACAGGCACAGAGAGAAGGGAACUUUGCAAAGGCUGGAGAACUGAGAUACGCGACUAUCCCCAGUCUUGAAGCCAAGCUACCCAAAGAAGGCGAUGAGCGGACUGCGGGCACGUCCUCUAGCCUGAUCCACGACUCGGUGACCGCUGAUGACAUCGGAAAUGUUGUAUCGCGGACAACUGGUAUCCCCGUCAACAAGCUCAUGGCUGGCGAAGUUGAAAAACUCAUUCGCAUGGAGGACACUCUACGUCAGUCCGUGCGUGGGCAGGACGAGGCGCUUUCUGCAGUCGCUAAUGCAGUUCGUAUGCAACGAGCCGGCCUUAGUGGAGAGAACCGCCCUCUAGCCUCGUUCAUGUUCCUUGGCCCUACCGGUGUUGGAAAGACAGAACUUUGUAAGAAGAUGGCCGAGUUCUUGUUUUCGACCGAAACCGCCGUGGUACGGUUCGAUAUGAGCGAGUUCCAAGAGAAGCACACCAUCAGUCGGCUGAUCGGUUCUCCUGCUGGUUAUGUGGGAUACGAUGAUGCUGGUCAGCUGACAGAGGCUGUCCGACGCAAGCCGUACGCGGUGCUGCUCUUUGAUGAGUUCGAAAAGGCUCAUCGUGACAUUUCCGCUCUUUUGUUGCAGGUUCUUGAUGAAGGUUUCUUGACGGAUGCUCAAGGCCACAAGGUUGACUUCAGAAACACCCUCAUUGUUCUUACUUCCAACCUUGGUGCUAAUAUCCUUGUGGGAGCGGACCCGUCCUACUCUUCCAAGGAUACAGGAAGCUCAGACCUUUCUCCCGAGGUCAAGAAAUCGGUCAUGGACGUCGUGCAGUCUGCCUAUCCACCAGAAUUUCUCAACCGUAUUGACGAGUUCAUCAUCUUCAAGAGACUGUCCCGCGAAGCUCUGAGAGACAUUGUUGAUAUCAGAAUCAAGGAGCUCCAGUCGAGGCUUGAUGACCGACGGAUGAUCCUCAAUGUCGAUGACGAGAUUAAGGACUGGCUUUGUGAGAAGGGCUAUGACCCUAAGUAUGGUGCUCGUCCUCUCAACCGCCUCAUUGCCAAGCAGAUUGGCAACAAAUUGGCCGAUAAGAUUAUCCGGGGCGAGGUCACCGCAGGUCAGACCGCCCGCGUCUCCUUCAAUGAAGACAAGACUGGGCUAGCCAUUACCGCGGAGGCUACGCCUGAAGCAAAUGCUGAAGAUGCUUGAGCAAUAAUGAUUAUCUCUUAACUCAUGUUGAUCAUGAUGUAUGGUUCCUGGCGCAUUGGCUGGCUCUUUGAAUAUGUUGAUUUGUAAUUUCGCAUAUCUCCUCUUUAAUGUAUCAUAGCAUUAUUCUGUACCAUAUUUCAUGAAUCAAAUGUACAUGCACUGCA